GGGGUAAGAAAUUUAAGAAUAUUUUGGUAAUGUUCUUAAAAUUAUUACACUAUCUUUUUUUAAUAUAUGUAACUUCAAAGUUAAAUAGCAAACAGUAAGAUUAUAUGUUACAUUUAUUAUAGUUAAUUCAAAAUCUUUCUUGCAUUGCGUUCUUUGAGCAAUUAAAAGGAAAAGUAGCGAGCUUCAAGGAAGAUUUGUUUAUUGAUUUUCUGACAGAACUUGUUGCAUUAACUAACUUUUUAGAGUGCGUUAUUAAGUAACUUACAAUAUGAGUGCAGAUUUGUAUAAGAAUAUUAAGAACCUGUGCCGUACUUGUAUGUCAGCAGAAAGCAAUUUAACUUCUUUAUUUGCUGUUUUGAGUUUAGCAAAUAAAGAAGAACCACUUUAUUCUAUUUUGUACAAGUGUACGUCAAUUGAGAUAUUCGACAGUGAUAUGUUACCGAAUAAUAUUUGCAUUAGUUGUCUGGAAAAAUUAGCAAUAUGUUACUUAUACAGAGAACUUUGUUACGAUACACAGAACAGACUGCAACAGCUAUGUCAAUCCCAAAAGGAUUUGUAUCCUUAUGUACCUGAGAUACCUGAAACUACUAGUAAUGAAUUAGAUCAAAUCGAUUCAACUGAUUUUAGCCAGGUCAAUUUAAGCUACUUAACAGAGGACAGAGAAUUAGUUUCAGCGAAUGAUAACUUGCCAGAAGUCGAUGGCACUAUAGAUAAGGAACCUUUAAGUCAGUCAUGUGAUUCUUCUGAUUUUUUGAGCUGUGAAAAAACAAAUUCCUUCGUUGAGACUGAGGAGGAAAAAAGUAAUUCUAAUUCUAAAGGUGAAAAUGUAGAAAAUAAAGGUAAAUUUUCUUGUGAGAUUUGUUCGAAAACUUUAAAUUCAGAAUAUUUAUUGAAUAAGCACAUAAAGAGUCAUUCGAAUGGUGAGAAACUGAAAUGUCAUAUCUGUAUGAGAAAGUUUACCAGAGCUACUGAUGUUCAGCGUCACAUGUUGACACAUACUGGAGAUAAACCAUUUUCCUGCUUUAUUUGCCAGCGCUCUUUUACACAGUCUGGCACAUUGACGGCUCAUCUGAGGAAACAUAGUGGUUAUGAAAACUACAAAGCACCUAAAAAGAAACGACGUGAUCCAUAUUUGUGUUCAAUAUGUGGGAAAUCAUUCACACACUCUUCCACACUUACUAUUCACAUAAGGAGACAUGUUGGGGACAAACCUUACGGUUGUGAUGUUUGUCAAUUAAAAUUUGUAUCUAGUGGCAGGUUAAAAUCGCAUAUGAGGGUUCAUACUGGGGAGAGGCCUUUUGUUUGUGAAAUUUGCAAGAAAUCAUUUGCUCAUUCGGCAGCUAUAUCCAGGCAUAUCAAGGCUCAUAUUGGAGAAAAUGUACAUCCUUGUGGGUAUUGUGGCAAAGAAUUUACAACAACUUAUUGUUUAAAUAUCCAUAUCAGGCAACACACUGGCGAAAGACCAUUGAAAUGCAAAGUGUGCAAUAAAGCUUUUGGCGAUCCUAAAAAUUUAAAACAACAUGAAAAAACCCAUUCUGAUGAGAAGCCAUAUUUGUGUAUGGAGUGUGGAAAAAGGUUCAGAAGGAAAUACCACUUGAAAACGCACACGAAACUACAUAAUAAGGAUUAAGAAUACCUUUUUCAUGAAGUACAUACAAUAAUAUAAAUGUUGUUAUAUGUUUAAUAGAAUAAGGAAUAUACAAGGUGUAAGUAAGAACCUUUAAGUACAUUAUACAUUGUUAUUAGAAGCAUUGUAUUUAUAACAAUAAGUUAUACAACCUAAUUAGUUCUGUUGAUUUAUAGACAAAAAUGGUAGAUAAUAAGGAUAAUAAUGAAGAUAGACUUGACAAAAAUGCCUGCUCAUUCAAUUUUGAUAAAAAAUUGAAAUAGAUUGUGAAUUUUGCCACCAAUGUUGUCAUUUAAAAUUCUAAUUGUACAAAAUACUCAAUUUUUAUAAUGAAAUAAUUGUUCACAAUUUAAAAAAAGCACAUUUGAUUUCUCAAAAGUAUAUUUUUGUCUAUUUUCCAAAGUUGUUUUUUUAUAAAUAUUUUAGUUAUUAUAUUUUUCGUGUAGUUAAAUAACUGUUACUCCUUAUUUUUCUUUUUUAAGUUUAAUAAAAGCAGCGACAAAAAAUGCAAAAAAUAGUAAUCAAGGUUUUCUCUGAAUUUCACAGUUUUUCAUGUUUAUAGAAAACAAAAGUCUUUGGAACGUUUUUUUUUGACUAGAUAUGUCCUAAAGAUAAACAAGUGUUGUCUUCACGUUCAAUUUUAGAACCGUAGAUGAUAAAUAAGACUUAAAAAUACCUCAUUACAGCGAUAUAUUAACAGUGUUUUAAUAUUAGAAAGUUUUUAUAAAUUAUAAAUGGGUUUAUCAGAUUGUUCAAGUGUUAUAAAAUGAUUAACUUAAAAUAAUUUAAAAAUAUAUACAAAAAAAACAUAUAAAUACUAUUUUAGUGAAUAAGAAAAGUUUCAGUUAAACACCCCGACAAAACAAUAUUUUAUUAGAUAUUAUAUUUAUACCAAUAUAUUAUGAUCUGAAAUAUAUACAAAUCAGUACUUUUUGUAAUGACAGAUAUGUCAAUUGUUCAAAGAAAGUAAAGGCAAGAAAGUUUUAGCAAGAAAGUGGACGAUUUUGACAGACUACAUUCAAAAAUUGCCAGAAAAUUACAAUUUAUGUUUCAUUUACAAUGAGUGAUUACAUGUCAGUGCCAUACAUUCUCUUGUUGGACUAUAACUAUACUUACAGGGGUUCUCAAAAGGAAACAUAUUUUUAUAUAUUGUGCCACUAUAAUAUUGCUAUUGUAUUGCUUAUCAAUAUAAAUACAAUGCUUAAACAUAAAAUUAUACUCAAAUAUUGCAUGUUUAAAAUGUUUAAUUGUGUACCCUAAUAAAGUUCAAUUUGAAAGUGGUUUUUAAGGCUAAAAAUGUAAAUUGAUGUUAGCCACUGAUAUUUCUAGCUAAAAAAUUACAUAAACAGUUGUUCAUAUCAACUUAUUUUUUUAGUCCUGCAAACUCAAAACAUAUCCUAAAUAAGUCUUCUCUAGUAUUAAAUAAAGUAUUUUACAUAAUCAAUAAGACUAUACAAUAAAAUAUUGACAAUCAGUUUGUUGAUAAAAGCAACAAAAAGAAACUUAAGUCUUUGCAAUGAAUUUCACUAAAAGCAUUUCUCUUUUCAAUAUUUUUAUAUGUACUGUGUGUUUUGUGAUAGUAUUUUUCUAUUUAUAUCUAAUCAAUAAUUAUAAUACUUUUAAGGAAGUCGUUAAUUGCAGAACUUGUUCUUUUAAGUUUAGUCAAAUUUAAAGACAGUUUGAUAACAUUACACUAAGGGCUGGCAAAGGUUAGUCUUGGGUCGAGAUUUCCGUAUAUCAGAAGAGUACAAUGCGUUUGUAAUGUACUGAACAAAGAGAGAACAGUAAACAC